AUGUUGCUAUAGAAGAAGAUGUUCAUGGAAAUGAGGAAUGGGACAACUGUCCAAGAAUUCACCUUGGAGGGGUUUCCUGCCAUCCAGCACCUGGGAAAGGUCCUCUUCUUUGUACACCUAAUGGCAUACCUGGCAUCCACUGUAGGCAAUGCAGUCAUAAUCACCAUCACCUGUGCCGAUUCCCAACUCCACACACCUAUGUACUUUUUCCUGAGCAUCUUUUCCUUUUUGGAGUGUUGUUUCAUAAAUGCUGUUAUCCCUAAGUUGUUGCACAUCUUUCUUUUAGGCAGGCAAACUAUUUCCUUUCCUGCCUGUUUCAUACAAGCCUUUCUUAUUGUAUUUCUGGGAGCAACAGGUUUCCUCCUCAUAGCAGUGAUGUCUCUGGAUCGGUAUGUGGCCAUUUGCAAGCCUCUGCAUUACCCGACUAUCAUGAACCUGAAGACUUGCUUUAUCCUGGUCACUUCCUGCUUCACAUUGUCCUUCAGUCUUAUCACAGGUCCACUAGUGAAGAUUUCCCAGUUAUCCUUCUGUGGUCCCUAUGUCAUCCCCCAUUUCUUCUGUGACAUAGGCCCCCUGAUUCAUCUCUCCUGUUCUGACACCUGGUCUAUCCAAAUGUUGGCUUUUUUCCUUGCCUUAUUUAUUUUGUUGACAUCCCUUAUCAUAACCAUCAUUGCAUACAGCAACAUAGUAGUCACAAUUGUACGACUCCCAUCAGCCAAGGAGAAACAGAAAGCUUUCUCCACCUGCUCCUCUCACCUCAUAGUCCUCUCUCUGAUGUAUGGAAGUAGUGUCUUUAUAUAUGUGAAACCAAGACAAAAGAACAGGCUGGACUCCAACAGAGAGGCUGCCCUUGUGAACACAGUGGUGACCCCACUGCUGAACCCUGUCAUCUACACUCUGCGGAACAAGCAGGUCCACCGGGCUCUGAGAGAGAUGAUGUGCAGAAUGAAAAGAUGA